UGUUGCUCUGCCCUGCCGGCUGGUUGAUCCACUCUGGAGGGACAAUCAUGUUGCGCCGCAAGCCGUCCAAUGCCAGUGAGAAGGACCCAAACCAUAAGCGGAAGCUGACGCUGCAACGGUCCAGCAGUUUCAAGGACUUUGCCAAGACCAAGCCCAGCUCGCCCAUCACCAGCGAGAAGGAGUUCAGCCUGGAGGUGGAGAUCUCAGAAAGCUGCUCUACCAAUGCUCUGCCCAGUCCAGAUGACACCGGGCGAAGCAGCAGCUUGGGCAAGAGGUGGAAAGCUGUCAUCUCUCGCACCAUGAACCGGAAGACUGGCAAGGCGGCGGCCAAAGCCCUGGCUGAGCAGGAGGAGGCCGAUGAGGAGACAGCUGCGUCUUUCCUGAACAGUCCCAUGGAUAAAGAAGCCCUCGUCUUCCCAGAACUAACAGAUCUUCACUCCCCCAGCGGUCUUCAGAGCCCGAGCGGCAGCCAAUUGUUUGAUCCCAAACUGACAGGAAACAGCAGCAGUGGGAAGAAGUCAGAAGAGGACGGCCCCUCACUGUACAGCGGCCCUUUCUGUGGCAAAGCCCGGGUCCACACAGACUUUAUCCCCAGCCCUUAUGACAAAGACUCGCUGAAACUUCAGAAAGGGGACGUCAUCCAGGUCAUCGCCAAGCCCCCCGUAGGCACGUGGACGGGCCUUCUGAACGCUAAGGUGGGCUCCUUCAAGUUCAUUUAUGUGGAUGUGAUCCCUGAUGAUCCAGUGCCGGUCCUAAGGAGCUGUUCGCGAAGCCGGAGCAAGAGGCCCAAGCCCAAGACCCUGGAGGAACUGCUGGAGCGCAUGAAUUUGCAGGAGCAUGCCUCCACCUUGCUGUUGAACGGCUACCAGACCCUGGAGGACUUCAAGGAGUUGCAGGAGACUCACCUGAAUGAACUGAACAUCACUGACCCCCAGCAUCGCGCCAAGCUGCUCACGGCAGCGGACCUGCUGCUGGAUUACGACACCAGCAGCGAGGCUGAAGAAGAGGGGGGCGGCUUAGAGUCUCAGCUGGCCCUGGAAGAGCCGAAGGGGGACAUCCCUCGGGAUUCCGGCUGCUUUGAAGGGGCAGAGAUGCUGGACAGUGUGCGGGAGGACUCCAAGCUAGAGGAAGGACUGGAGCGGCUUUCAUUGGCUGGGUCAUCCUGAAGAGGAGCCCCUCCCUCCGUCCUCCUGGCCUUGAAGGCAGAAGCCCCGGUUGCACGGCGAAAAAAACAAAGCCCAACCUUCCUUUUUGGACAAAGCAAAACCCUUGGGCCAGACACUCCCGUCACCAGGCCCCGUCCUGGAAUGUUCCCUUCAUUUCAACAGGCUGUGCUUCACAUAUUUUGGCAAGCUAUCGACAGAAGCGAUUCACAACCCAGAAAGGAGGCUACUGAAAUGUGCAUGAUUGAAGCAAAGAGAGGGAACGCGGUUUGCUGUAUACCCCUUCUUGAUUUGAAAAAUAUCUCCUGACCCCCCCACCCUUACAGGGGCAGGGAUUGCAGUUUCAAUCUACGGAGGAGCAGCAGGCAUUCAAGAGCCUCGCCCAACACGGAAUGAACUUUUGAAAGCAGCCUUGUGAAUCCAUCACUUUCCCCUCACUUUGGCCAGUAUGACAGGAAAAGGCUAGCCCUGGGUUGAAAGCAGCAGCCUGCCCUGACUGGGGAAAAGGGAAGAGGACUGACAUUUUGCUUCUGAUUAUAUACCAGACUCAUUCAUAAAUACCUGGAUAGUAGCAGCAGUAGGGCAAAGUAAGGGUCAAUAUCAAGGCAGGUUCAACUCCCAGAGUGUGUUUUCUGUGUUUUCACAGGGUUGUACUCAGUGGUGGGAUCCAAAAAUUUUAGUAACAGGUUCCCAUGGU